AUGUCAAUCAGCGGACCGUGUGUCUGGUUGUCCUCGUUGUCGCCACCUUCGACUUCCCAUUUGCCCGCCAUAACGAAUCAUUGGUCGACAGCUUCCUGGAACAGUGAGCAGGCAUCGUCAAGACCGAGGGCCCUGCCGUCCAGGCUGCCCGGGUCGUGGGAAAAGGAGGGCGAGCCAACAAAGCCGUCUACCACCGGUAUGCAACCACUUGUGCUCAAGGCUGAGAAUGCCUUCACAGCUGCGGCUCCGUCGAAUGUAUCGAGCCCGGUACAGCAGCGUUCUACAGGGCCCGCUUCCGUCGACAAUCGUGAGAAUCGGCACACAGAGACAGAGGGCGAUGCUUCACGUGUGAAGGUGGAGAAGCACGGUCACGACGAACUUCAGCUCCCAAGGCCCCAAAAGACAGCCAGUCCUCAGGUUACAACCCAGACGACGCCGGAGCAGAAGGACAGGGAAGCUGCAGCACAGCAUGAAAAGGAGAAGGAUGAUGGUGACGCCGACAUGCUCUCCUCCGAUGAUGGGGCAGGAUCGUCAGUAGGCGGUGACAAGAAACAGUCAUCAGAUUCGAAAAGUGAAAAGAAAAAGAUGAAGCGCUUUCGACUUACUCACAACCAAACUCGAUUUCUGAUGAGUGAAUUCACACGUCAGGCUCAUCCCGAUGCCGCCCAUCGAGAGCGACUGUCGAAAGAGAUCCCUGGUUUGACUCCACGGCAAGUCCAGGUUUGGUUCCAGAAUAGACGAGCCAAACUCAAGCGGCUCACAAGCAACGACCGAGAGCGUAUCCUGAAAUCUCGAGCGUUGCCCGACGAUUUCGAUACCACUCAAGUGCUACGCACUCCGUUCGACCAUAAAACACCAGCAGAGGCACCAGUUGCGUCUCCCCGAACCCUUCUGGCACGUAAUCCUGCUUCUAACUCCUUCAAGAUGUUACUCACAGAUGGCCUGCCCCGACUAAAUGAUGAUGACUAUGUUAUAUCCCCUCUGAGCUCGGCUUCAACAACAAAUGGUUUCUCGGCGGCUGCAGACAGGCAUUUCGAAAGUUAUGCUCAACCUGGAGUCAUGCCCGGGAGAGGAGGCCCAGCACUGUCAGACCUCCACAGACAUAAUCGCAGUGCUUUCCCAUUUCCCAGAUCGAGCAGUUUUUCUGAGUCCUCCUUCAAUAGCGGACUCAAUUUCCCUGGGCGCUUUUCGAGGCCUGGAGUGGAGCCAUUGAGCCAUCCCAGCAUGGCUUAUGGUCGCCGUCCGGUAGACUACGCAUUGGGUCGCCCAGCUAACGGCAUGGUCGUUGGAUACGAUCACCAGCGGGCGUUAGAGGGCUCCGUAUCACCCACGGGUCCACCCGAUCAGUCAAUCCACUAUAAUGUGGACAGUCACAACCAGCAAAUACCUAACUAUCAUUCGUCAUUGGCCAUGCCAGCUCCCAAGGGGUAUGGUGGCAUGGAAAUAAACUCUCAUUUACAGCAACAUGGACGGCAGAUGCCUGCCCUACAAUCCGUGCCAGUCUCAGACGCGCCUGACUACCGGUCCUACUCAUACGACCAUCAUUCAUACGGCAUCAGCCACGCGAUGCCAUACUCGCAAGCCAAUGCUUCCAGCAUGAGUCUUCCCGCUUCAUUUCCUUCCGAUACUCAGGGGGCCGUUACGACCUCCGCCGAAGACCGAAUGAACCAUCCUCCACAGCUAAUCGACCCAGCCAGGGCCAAGUUUGGCGGCCAAACCUUCGAAUACGCAAACUACCUAUAA